AAGAACUAGAGGUUUCCGGUUAAGAGUUAUCAGGAAAUUUAGAGGGAAGUUCCACCACGGUUGAGGCACGUACACAAAAUAUGCGAUCUUAUUUGCAUCCGUGUAUAUAUAAAAAAGUAGUAUAAAAACUUCAACUAUAAAAGCCAUUCCUUUAUUGGUGAUAAUAAUAAUUAUAACAGAACGAAAAAUAAAAAAAAAUACGUACAUACAAACAACACACAAAAGGAUCGGAAAACCGCCUUUACUGAGAGAGCUAGCUAUUCACAGCGGUGAUCGGAGUCGGCGAUCGGGUUAGGGUUUUGUUUUUCUUCCGAUUUUGCUCGGAGCUCCUUCAAUGGAGUCGUUUGGUUUUCACGACGGCAACAUCUACGAUUUACUCGAGAAUCGUUACUACAACGUUCGCCAAGAUGUUAAUCACAAUUUGCAGAUGCACUCAUCAUUGGUACGAAGGCUCUCCCUUGAAAAAGUGAUGGAGGGACAUCAAGGUUGUGUUAAUGCUGUGGCAUGGAAUUCCAAAGGUUCGCUUUUGAUAUCUGGAUCAGAUGAUACAAGGCUUAAUAUUUGGAGCUAUUACAGUCGGACGCUUUUGCAUUCUAUAGAGACUGGGCAUUCUGCAAACAUAUUCUGUACAAAGUUUGUGCCCGAAACCUCCGAUGAGCUUGUUGCCUCUGGUGCUGGAGAUGCAGAAGUACGGCUAUUUAAUUUGUCUCGCUUAAGUGGGAGAGGACCUGAUGAUAAUGUUAUCGCUCCAUCAGCAUUGUAUCAGUGUCACACUAGAAGAGUAAAAAAAUUAGCUGUUGAAGUUGGAAACCCCAAUGUGGUAUGGAGUGCUAGUGAAGAUGGGACUUUGAGACAGCAUGACUUUCGAGAGGGCACAUCUUGUCCUCCAGCUGGAUCUUCUCAUCAAGAAUGUCGCAAUGUUCUACUUGAUUUGCGGAGUGGAGCAAAGAGGUCACUUUCUGAUCCUCCUAAACAAGUUCUUGCUCUAAAAUCUUUUGAUAUCAGUUCCACUAGGCCUCAUUUGCUCCUUGUUGGUGGGAGUGAUGCAUUUGCACGUUUAUAUGAUAGAAGGAUGCUGCCGCCACUGACCUCUUGUAGGAAAAGGACAUCGCCACCUCCUUGUGUUAACUAUUUCUGCCCAAUGCAUCUCUCUGACCGUGGGCGUCAAAGCUUGCACCUUACUCAUGUUACAUUUAGUCCAAAUGGAGAAGAGGUUCUCCUUAGUUAUAGUGGAGAGCAUGUGUACCUGAUGGAUGUAAAUAAUGCAGGCAGGAGUGCUAUGCAAUAUACUCCAGGGGAUGUUUCAAAAUUGAUGAGCUUCAGUCCUAUACUCAACGGGGUAGAAUUGCAGCCGCCAGUGUCCAAUGUCUUCACAAGUCACUUUCCUAGGAAAAACAAUGUUGCUGCCACGAGAGAAAAGUGCAGGAAACUAAUUCAAAUUGCGGAAAAAUGCUUAGAGGAGGCAACAAAUUAUUUCUACGGCAUUGAGGCAUGCAGUGAGGUUUUGGAUGGAUAUGUUCAUGACGUUGGGCCUAUGCUAAAGCAGGAAUGUCUAUGUCUACGUGCUGCUUUGUUGCUCCAGAGGAAGUGGAAAAAUGAUGCUCAUAUGGCCGUAAGAGAUUGUUACAAUGCUAGAAGAAUUGAUAAUUCCUCUUUUCAAGCACUUUACUAUAUGUCUGAAGCUUUAUCGCAGUUAGGCAAACAUAAAGAGGCUCUAGAAUUUGCCCUUGCAGCUCAAAUUUUGUCCCCAUCCAAUUCUAAAGCGGUAGACAGAGUGGACAAUGUCAAAAGGGAUCUUGCUGCAGUUGAAGCUGAAAAAAAUAAAGCAAAUGAUGGAUUGCCAAGGUCUGAAUCAAGAGGUGGAAGAGUACUCUCAUUAAGUGAUAUACUCUACCGUUCAGAAGCUAAUAGUGAUGCUUCGCAAGAUGGUCCAAGAUCUGAAAGAGAAGAUUCUGAUUAUGAUGAGGAAGUGGAGUUGGACUUUGAAACUUCAAUAUCGGGUGAUGAAGGACGUGAUGUUGAAUCAAACAUUCUUCAUGGGAGUUUAAAUGUGAGAUUUCAUCGAAGAGGUGAUUCAGGUAGAGAAAGUGUUGGUGCAAAUGGCAUAUGUGGAUCACCUUCAUCAUCGUCACAAAAUGACAGGAUACCUUAUCUGCCUGAGGUAGCUAUUGAUAUGAAGCAGAGAUAUGUUGGCCACUGUAAUGUUGGAACUGACAUAAAGCAGGCCAGUUUUCUUGGCCAGAAAGGUGAGUUUGUUGCUAGUGGAAGCGAUGAUGGAAGAUGGUUUAUCUGGGAAAAGCGAACUGGUAGACUGAUAAAAAUGCUUCUGGGAGAUGAUGCUGUUGUGAACUGCGUCCAAUGCCACCCAUUUGAUUCUGUUGUGGCAACUAGUGGGAUUGAUAACACAAUAAAGAUAUGGACUCCAACCGCUCCUGUCCCAUCAAUUGUAGCAGGUGGAGCAGAAAGACCAGAAACUGCUGAUGUUCUGGUUACCAUGGAAAACAAUCAACGAAAAUUAUCCCGUAACCGUGAAGCUAUACUGCCUUUGGAAAUCUUUGAGCGGUUUCGGAUGCAUGAAUUUAGUGAAGGAACAUUUCAUCCGUUUGAGUGUACACAGAGCUAAUCGGCUUCUUAUUGAAGCAUGCAUCUGCUGCCUGUUUAAAUGUAUAUAUUGAGUGGAGUUGUUUAAGCGAAAUGCAGAAGGUCGUGAAAGGGAGAGAUACGAUCAACCAUAUUGUUGGCAAUAGGAAACCAGUUGAUACUUUGAUACUAAGUGGCGUCCUGCAAAAAUAAAUUGAAGAUUGAAUAAGGACACCCUUCAUCCCUGGUUAGAGCUUUUUGGCUCUUUUCAUGCUAAUAUUAAUGAGUUCUCCUCUCAAAUUUUCAUACAUCUGUCUGGUAAUAUACAUCUGAAAAUUUCUUGUAUAGUUGGUGUACAGAAUAAGAACACAGAACUCUCACAUUUUGUGUUUUAUUAUUAAAAUUUUCUCUAUAACAUGGUGCACAGUGCAGUUGCCACCUGUAAUGUAAUCACUUUUAUCAUCUCCAUCGAUCAUAACGGUGUUCAUCAUA